GGCUCCGACCUUGCCGCGGCGCAGCCCGGGCGGGAGGCGGGGAGGAGCGGCGGGAGGAGCGGAGCGAGCGCGGCGCCGGGCUCAGUCUCCAGUUAGCGGCGCGGGUGCUGCGCCUCUGACGACCUGAGCCCGCUGCGCCCCCUCCCCACGGCUCACGUCCUGCCAGGUAAGGUGACAGGUCUGACCUCGCCCCAUGGACAAUGGCCUUGCCCCCGUGAGCUAGAGCCUGCCCCUCGGCACCUGCCCACCGCCAGCCAGCAAGAUGCAGCUGUGGAAGGCGGUGGUGGUGACCCUGGCCUUCAUGAGCAUGGACAUCGGCAUGACCACGGCCAUCUACGUCCUCAGCCACCUGGACCGCAGCCUGCUGGAGGACAUCCGUCACUUCAACAUCUUUGACUCGGUGCUGGACCUCUGGGCGGCCUGCCUGUACCGCAGCUGCCUGCUGCUGGGGGCCACCAUCGGCGUGGCCAAGAACAGCGCGCUGGGGCCCCGGCGGCUGCGGGCCUCGUGGACGGUCAUCGCCCUCGUGUGCCUCUUCGCGGGCAUCUACACCAUGGUGAAGCUGCUGCUCUUCUCCGAGGUCCGCAAGCCCGUCCGGGACCCGUGGUUCUGGGCCCUCUUCGUGUGGACUUACAUCUCGCUGGCUGCCUCCUUCCUGCUCUGGUGGCUGCUGUCCACGGUGCGGCCGGACGCCAAGGCCCUGGAGCCGGGGGCGGGUGCUGAGGCCGAGGCCGGGGGCUUCCCUGGGGAGGCCCGGCCCCCGCCCGAGCAGGCCUCUGGGGCCACGCUGCAGAAGCUGCUGGCCUACACCAAGCCCGACGUGGCCUUCCUCGUGGCGGCCUCCUUCUUCCUCAUCGUGGCGGCUCUGGGAGAGACCUUCCUCCCCUACUACACCGGCCGGGCCAUUGACGGCAUCGUCCUCCAGAAGAGCAUGGAGCAGUUCAGCACAGCCGUCACUGUCAUGUGUCUGCUGGCCAUCAGCAGCUCAUUUGCCGCAGGUAUUCGGGGCGGCAUUUUUACCCUCGUAUUUGCCAGACUGAACAUUCGCCUUCGAAACCGUCUCUUCCGCUCACUGGUGUCUCAGGAGAUGAGCUUCUUUGACGAGAAUCGCACAGGGGACCUCAUCUCCCGCCUCACCUCGGACACCACCAUGGUCAGCGACCUGGUCUCCCAGAACAUCAACAUCUUCCUGCGGAACACGGUCAAGGUCACGGGCGUGGUGGUCUUCAUGUUCAGCCUCUCGUGGCAGCUCUCCUUGGUCACCUUCAUGGGCUUCCCCAUCAUCAUGAUGGUGUCCGACAUCUACGGCAAGUACUACAAGAGGCUCUCCAAAGAGGUUCAGAGCGCCCUGGCCAGAGCCAGCAACACAGCCGAGGAGACCAUCAGCGCCAUGAAGACGGUCCGCAGCUUCGCCAACGAGGAGGAGGAGACGGAGGUGUACUCGCAGAAGCUGCAGCAGGUGUACAAGCUGAACAGGAAAGAGGCGGCGGCCUACACGUACUACGUUUGGGGCAACGGGCUCACGCUCCUGGUGGUCCAGGUGAGUAUCCUCUACUAUGGGGGCCACCUCGUCAUCUCAGGGCAGAUGACCAGCGGCAACCUCAUCUCCUUCAUCAUCUACGAGUUUGUCCUGGGAGACUGCAUGGAGUCCGUGGGCUCCGUCUACAGUGGCCUGAUGCAAGGAGUGGGGGCCGCCGAGAAGGUGUUCGAGUUCAUCGACCGGCAGCCAACCAUGGUGCAUGAUGGGGACUUGGCCCCUGACCACCUGGAGGGCCGAGUGGAUUUUGAGAAUGUGACCUUCACCUACCGCACUCGGCCCCACACCCAAGUCCUGCAGAAUGUCUCCUUCAGCCUGUCCCCAGGCAAGGUGACCGCGCUCGUGGGGCCCUCGGGCAGUGGGAAGAGUUCCUGUGUCAACAUCCUGGAGAACUUCUACCCCCUGGAUGGGGGCCGCGUGCUACUGGACGGGCAGCCCAUCAGCGCCUAUGACCACAAGUACCUGCACCGAGUGAUCUCCCUGGUGAGCCAGGAGCCAGUGCUGUUUGCCCGCUCCAUCACGGACAACAUCUCCUACGGCCUGCCCUCUGUGCCCUUUGAGAUGGUGGUGGAGGCUGCACAGAAGGCAAACGCCCACGGCUUCAUCAUGGAGCUCCAGGAUGGCUACAAUACAGAGACGGGGGAGAAGGGCGCCCAGCUGUCCGGCGGCCAGAAGCAGCGGGUGGCCAUGGCCCGGGCUCUGGUGCGGAACCCACCUGUCCUCAUCCUGGACGAAGCCACCAGCGCCCUGGAUGCCGAGAGCGAGUACCUGAUCCAGCAGGCCAUCCACGGCAACCUGCAGAAGCACACGGUGCUCAUCAUUGCGCACCGGCUGAGCACGGUGGAGCGGGCGCACCUCAUCGUGGUGCUAGACAAGGGCCGCGUGGUGCAGCAGGGCACACACCAGCAGCUGCUGGCCCAGGGCGGCCUCUACGCCAAGCUGGUGCAGCGGCAGAUGCUGGGGCUCGAGCCCGCCUCGGACUACACAGCUGUCCACAAGGAGCCGCCGGGCAAUGGCAGUAACAAGGCCUGACUGUCGGCCCCUGCCUCUCCUGGUGGGGCAGAGGCCCUGGUGCCCCCCUGGCAGAUGUACCCAUUGGGGCCCCCGGCAGCCUCCCGCUGCCCUCCGAGCCCAGGCCCACAGCACUGGAGGGUGACCUGCCAUGUCCCACAUGUCACCGCUUCCUGCAUCUCGCCCCCAGUUCCCACCCUGUUCCCAGGCCACCACCAGCCCCUCGCUGCCAUGAGCCACCCCCUCCAGUCUGGACAGUGGAGACACGGCUGGUCUCUCCAUCUGGUCUCCCAAGGCUGGUAAGCAAAGGUAGAGCCACCUUUUUAAACCAAGAUCUUACCAGGUUUUUUACUGCUUGGUUCGAUGGGCCCCAGUCAACUCCUAGAUUUCAAAAUCAUUUUUCUAAUUGGGAGGAAUGGUGGGCAAGUUCACUGAGAUGUUCUAGAAACUUCUGAGCCAGGAGUGAGUGACCCUUCCUAAUAGCCUGGGGGAUGUCGGAGGGAACUAGCCCUCUACCCUUUGCCCCUCGACAGACGGGGCUUCCCUGUCCCAGAGGGAGGACAUAGGCAGGGGACUUUCUGUCUUCCCAGCUUAGUGAGUCAGGCCAAGGACGGGCAGGGGGAGUGGCAGGCGCCUGUCUGCCCAUCACCCCUGCUGCCCUGCGAAAUCCAAGCCAGUCUCACUGUGAACCACUACGAACCUCAACUUGGGGGAGUGAGGGGCUGGCCAGGCCUGGCAGAGCCUCAGGGCGUCCCCGGCCCAGCACCCAGCUUUAGCCCUUUGGCCCUGCCUCGUCCCUCACUCCCCUCCCCCUGCCUGGCUGGCACGCCUCCCCCACA